CGCAAUUCUAUCCUAGUAAAAGCUACGUGCCUGUCCUGUAAUGAAACACUAAUCUCAUCACAAAUCAAAAUCUCCUGUGCGUCUCUCCCUAGUUUUCCAUCCAUGCCUCAAAGCCCAGGACACGCACCCCAGCCGAUCGUAUCACGCCACGUUGCAGUCAUCGGCGCCGGCGCCGCAGGCCUCGUAACUGCUCGAGAGCUCCGCCGCGAGGGCCACAGCGUGGUGGUCUUCGAGCGAGGCGACCAGGUUGGUGGACUCUGGGUCUACACCCCGAAUGUCGAAUCCGACCAGAUUGGACUCGACCCGACUCGGACCACGGUCCACUCCAGCGUCUACCACUCCCUCCGCACAAACCUCCCCCGAGACUCCAUGGGCUUCUCGGACUACCCGUUCGUUGCCAAAGACGACCCGGACAGAGACCCGAGACUGUUCCCGGGUCACCGAGAGGUUAUGAUGUAUCUGCAAGACUUCGCGCGCGAGUUCGGGAUUGAUGAGUUGGUGAGGUUCGAAACGGAGGUAGUGCGCGUGAGAUUCGUGGAGGAAGAGGAGAAAUGGAAAAUUAAAUCAAAGCAAAGACACAAAGAAGUGGAUGAGAUAUUUGAUGCUGUUGUCGUAUGUAAUGGCCAUUACACCCAGCCUCUUGUCUCCCAUGUUCCCGGAAUAAAUAAGUGGCUUGGGAAGCAAAUGCAUAGCCACAAUUAUCAUGAUCCAAAACCUUUUCAAGAUCAAGUUGUAGUCUUGAUUGGGAAUUCAGCAAGUGCGUUCGAUAUUUCUCGGGAAUUAGCUGGAGUUGCCAAAGAAGUCCACAUUGCAGCUAGAACGGUCAAAUAUGAAACAGUUGGAAAACAACCUGCCUAUGAUAAUUUGUGGCUUCAUCCUAUGAUAAAAAAUGUAUGUGAAGAUGGUUCUAUACAUUUUCAAGAUGGGAGCUUUGUCAUUGCUAACAUCAUUAUACACUGCACAGGGUACAAGUAUCAUUUUCCUUUUCUUGAAACCAAUGGCUUUGUGAUUGUGGAUGACAACCGUGUGGGGCCACUAUACAAGCAUAUAUUUCCACCAGCCUUGGCUCCAUGGCUUUCCUUUGUUGGAAUACCUUUUCAGGUCAUUACUUUCCCCAUGUUUGAAUUACAAAGCAAGUGGAUAGCUGGUGUUUUGUCUAAUCGUAUCACACUUCCAUCACAAGAAGAGAUGAUGGAAGAUGUUAAAGCCCUCUACUCAUCACUUGAAGCUUCUGGCACUCCGAAGCGAGACACUCAUGCUUUGGAUGAUAAGCAGGUAAAGUACAAUAAUUGGCUUGCGGAUCAAUGUGGAUGUCCUGCAUAUGAAGAUUGGAGAAUGGAGAUGUAUUAUGCCACUGUCAAGGGCAGACUAGCUCAUCUUGAAUCUUACCGCGAUGAAUGGGAAACUCAGCACUUGGUUUUGCAAGCUUAUGAGGAUUUCAUUAAGCCCGCCUCAAAUCAAGUUAGUGACAGAUGUGUCUUUCCUUAAUCAAGUUUCAAGACUCACCAUUUUCCAUUGUAUCUCACAUGCCAAAAUUCUAGUCACCCUUCAAUUGUACAUCAGCUUCUAUUCCUUUUGGUUUAGGGUCUUUUUGGUAGUGGUGUUCAAGUAUUGUUGUUUAAAAUAAUGAUAAAACUGUGAUUUAAAAAGUGUUAGGAAACACUUGUUUAAGUAUUUAUCAUGUAUAAAAUGUGUUU